GGGCCAAGUGAGGCGACGAUCGAUGCUCAGGAAGCGGAGCAGCAACUACCACAUUUAAAACUACAGGCUUAAACAUGUCGCCGAGCAGCGCGCUUUAAACCGUGUUUACGUUAGAGUAUGUAUUUAUUUCUUAUGUAGGUAUUGUAGGUAAAUAAUGCUGGAUGGUUGCACUGAUGCGGUUUACCAGGGAUAUAUGCCGGUUACUGGGGCUGGGGAGUGGCUCCAGUAAUGAAAGCCCAGAGGAGAUGGAGACUGGUGCCACCUCUGACUGCAAUCAGGACAUGCUCUCACAGGAUGGAUUGAAUGGAGAGGAGGGUCUCAGUGAAGAGAAGAAGGCGAGGAAAAGAGCAAAGAGACGAAGAGCUAAGAAGAAGCGCCAGCGAGAACGGAAGAAACUUGAGAGCGUCAAAAAAGAUGAGUGCACAGCACAGGGGGAAGAUGAUGAGGAUGAUGAUGAUGAUGAGGAGGAGGAGGAAGAGUGUGGUGGGGGCAGUGUGGUUGACUCUGAUUUGGAGGACAGUGAUUCUGAGGUAGAGGAGGAGCAGGUGGAGGUAGAGGUAAAGGAAAAGUUGGAGGAGAAACCAAAAGCUGCUCCGUGCAAUGCCACACCACCACUGGCCUCAGGAAACAAAGGCAACAGGCAGUACUCAGCCCGGCCCUGUGAAGAGGAGCCGGAAUGGGAUGUAAGCAGUGCCUUUGUUGUAAAUGCUGUUAGUCACAUAAGACCUAAAGCCAAGUGCAAAGCAGGUUGUAAAUCCAAAGAGAACAAAGAAAAUGAGGCCAGAACCAGGAAGGUCAGUGGAUCUAGUAACUCUGUGACUAGAAGUGCCUCACUGACAGAAAAAGGGAUCAGACUGGUGCAGGAAGGGCAGUACACUCAGGCUGUUAGUAUGUUUACAGAAGCUAUCAAAUAUGACCCAAAGGACUACAGGUUUUUUGGGAAUCGCUCAUACUGUUACUACUGUCUGGAUCAGUAUCCUCUGGCACUUACUGAUGCUGAGAAAUCUAUUCAGAUGGCCCCAGAAUGGCCUAAAGGCUAUUACCGGAAGGGCAGUGCCUUGAUGGGUCUUAAGAGGUACAGCGAGGCUGAGAAAGCAAUGGAGCAGGUGCUGAAGUUGGAUAAAGACUGUGAAGAGGCGGUCAAUGACCUCUUUUACUGCAAAGUGCUACAACUUAUGGAUCUUGGUUAUGAAGAGGAGCAAAGCGUGUAUCUGCUGGAGAAAUACAGCACAGUACAGGCUGUUCUAGCAGCAAGAGCAGCAAACCAUGACUGUACCCUCCUUCAGCCAGGAAGCCCUUGCCCUUCUCUCUGGGUGGGUAAUGUAACCACAGAACUGACAGAGAAGCACCUGCGGGAUCUUUUCAAAAACUAUGGAGAGAUCGAAAGCAUCAGAGUGCUGCAUGAGAGGUUUUGCGCCUUUGUAAAUUUUAAGAAUGCUCUAAUGGCAACACGUGCAAUGGAGAAGCUGAACGGCUAUGGAAUAGAGAACACACGGCUAGUGGUUCGAUAUCCAGACCGACGCAUCCAGAGACCUUUUCCUGUUCCUGCUGCACCUCAGGCUGCAGGCGCUUCUGGGCUGAGGCGCAAAGGCCCUGUCAAUGGAGAUGAGUGUUAUUUCUGGAGGACCACUGGCUGUCACUUUGGGGACAAGUGUCGCUAUAAACACAUUCCUGAACAAAGAGGCAAAGACAGGAAGCCCUGGCAGCCCUGAUUCUGAACUCCGUCUCCUUCACUCUCUCUUGCACUCAUUGUUAUGCUCUUUCUCCCAUGGGUGCUUUUGUACUUGCUCUUAAUUUCUGUCUCUUUUGCCUAUACACUCUUGUGCAUUUUCCUCUUGUUUUCUCUCUCUCUUUCUAUUCACUUUUGCUCUCUCUUUUGAAUGAUCUCUCACACUGUUUUGCUCUUACGAAGUCUCACUUUCUUACUUUCACUCUUUUUCUCUUGCUUUUGCUCUCUCUUGCUUUGUGCUGUCUUACACUGCACUUUUGCUUUUACUCUGGCUCUGGUCUUGCUUGCUUUCAUCCUCUUUCUCUCACUCUCCUCUUGCUUGCUUUCUAUCUCUUGUUCUUUUCCCUGCUUUUUGUUGCUCUCGCUCCCUCUCUCUUGCUAUUUUUUCAUUAUCUUUCUCUCUCUAAGCCGAGUGGAGAGAGUUGUCUGGGACAGUGCGAGUUCAGAGACUAGUCUUUGGUUUUUGGUUGUGCAUCGGUUCUUUCAGUGGGAACAGGACCUCCAUUGUCUUACUAUGAUGUCUUUGGUUCAGAUCAGAGAUGACCUCAGUGCCUUUGGCCUUCUCCAGCAUCUCAUGCCUCUCCGAGCAGGAGAGUGAAGAGGAGAGCACUCCUGGGAAAAGUGUGCAGCCUCUAAUGAGGCGAGGUUUGGGUGGUGCGCACAGCGUUGGGCGUUUGACCGAGCCGCAGUCCCUAUCGGCUGAGGUUCGCGGUCAGGCCUGGUCUAUCCCAUCAUCUUAUCUCUUUCUCUUUUCCUGUGCCAACACCACCAAACCAAAGGAGAGCUGCAGACCAGCUCUGACAUUUCAGCUCAUCUCAAGCAAAUUCCUUUUCAUACUGAUGAGGUGUGACGAGGCCAUAGCUCCACUACCAGCACAGCCUUAACAAGAGGAAUCUUCCACAAAAUAAAACAAAAAGCACACUAUGCUGCGGUUAAGACCUCCCACUUUAAAGGUGCGCAGGUUUUAGAGUGGUAACCUGUUUUCUGUGGUGUUCAGAUCAAGAUAAAGAUAUUUUUAUGUGGAGGGGACAGGCUGUUUUAUAUUUAUGCAUGAAUAUUUUUUAAAAGAUUAAGUUUAAGUAUGCAAACACUCCAGGUGUAGUGGACAGUGUAUUUGUGACCACACUUUAUUUGAUUUAAGACUAACAUCAGUGAGAUAUCAGGCUUAACGGGAGUAAGCCAACUAAGUUAUGUUCUUUUCUCGAAAAUCCCUUGACAUAUUCAUUAUUGAAGGGACACUAAUAUAAGAUGGGUUAAAGCCAGCAUUUGCCAAAGAUAUUUGGACAGUUGGAUCAACUUUCUUUUUUUUUUUUUUUCCCUUUUUGGUUUUAUGUAUUAUUGCACUUUAUACAUCAGUACACACUGCUAUUUGAAAUGUCAAGUAUUUCAAGUAUUGGUAGACAAUAUUUUUUUUAAAUAGAGUUUUGGUUUCUCAUAGUAAGCAGUGGUAUUUCCCUGUAGCUGUUGACUACAUUUCCAGUUCAUUAUAAGAAUUUUCAUGAUGUUAAGCCUUCUUUUCAUGAUAUCAAGCCCUCUAUUUUUGCAUUGGACAUCAUAGCCAUCAUCCUUGUGUAAAAAUUUAUGAAAGCUUUUGUUAUUCAUUAAUUCUUCCAUGGUUAUAUUGGUUCUCUCAACUAGUAUAUAAGAUCUUCUCUGUCUAAAAUGUCAUGUAGUCUGUACUGUCAUAAAUCACAGAGUGAAUUAUGUGGAAGACCUGCUAUUAGAUCAGUUUUCUAGGUUUGGGGAAGUUGAUAUUUAGGUCACUAACUACUGUUUCAUGCUACAGUUUGAUUUUUUUUUGUUAAAUGUUGUUUUAAAGAGGCUCAUCUAAAAAAGUACUAAUGCCAACACUUCAGUAAACAGUAAGAAAAGUUCUAGUCCUGGACACCUGGAGCCCUGCGAGUUUAGUGAGUUUCCUGAUCAAAGACCCCAGUUACACCUGGUCACUUCAUGUGUUUUCAGUUUAAGGAUUAUAUCUGUAUUCGGCCAAGCCAUAUACAAAUGGAGUGUAAAGACACCGUAGUUGCAUUAAAAUUGAAUAAAAUUAUUUUUGUUCCUUACACCAGUUCAGGAGAUGGUCUGCGACAAAUUUUAACUACAUCCAUCUCUCCAAAACCCAUGAUACAACUAUUAGUUGCAGGGCUCUCUGCUUGCUGUGGGUACGGCUCCAAUUUCUAGUUUUUACUAUUAGUAAAAAAAAAAAAAACAACAAAAAAAAAAAAACGAUAUAAACAGCUACAUGUGAGUUUUAAAUGUCCAGAACAUUGUCAUUUGAAUGUGGAAGGUGCUGAUAUUUAGUAAAAUGUAAAAUCUGUUGUGAUUGGGCACUUUUUGAGACGCAGGCAGUGUUUUUAUCCCCAGUAGUUUGUGUAGUGCUACUAAUUGAUGAUUAGCCGACAACGAACGUUUGGAGUUGACACAUUUUUAUAAUCUACAUUGUCGAUUAUAUCGACAAAACGUUGCACAAUCUGUUGCAUCUAUAUACUGCUGUGUGAUGCACACUUACAUCAAGGGGAGUUGAAUUUCAGCACAACACUAGUUCUUUUUCUUUUUCUAUUGUUAAAUAGAGGAUGGAAACCUGCCUCAACUUCCUGUAAUUCAACCAAAAGUCAGAACCAUCUGGAAAAGUGCUUUUACACUGCAGACAAACUGGACCAUGGUUCAACUGCUCUAGACCGAGAACGUUUUAGGCCUUUGAUCCAGACCAUGGUUCAUUGCAUCUUUCAUAGCUGCUAUUGUGGUUCAGACCAAACUGAAAAGAAAAAGAAAAACAGGCAUAAAAGCACCCCAAGUCUGACUAACCAGAGACGCAUUUUACUACCAAAGUGUAGUUAAAACUUUGGUUACCAGGAAACAAGAUACUAGUCAGAUGAGGUGAGCAGGUGUAAAAAGGGUCAAAGCCUUGUGAGACAUUAAGGAUGAAGGCAGGAAACCUCUAAACUGUAGUUUUGUGGCCCUCAGGGCUAGAGUCUUGGACCCCUAUAGUAGCAUAGUGCUACAACAGACCUUAUAACCACUACAGGCCACACUACCCAGAGCAGUAAAAUGUUCUGUAAAGGCUGUGAUGGAGUCUCAUUUUCAUUAUUCAAAUGCAUUAAUUAAUGUGAUGAAUCACGUUGUGUCUUAAUGUAAUCUGACAUUAUACUAUUGGGAUCAAAGCUAUUUUGCAUUUAUUUCAAACCUGUGAAGUGAAUCACUGAGAACAUGUAUUUGUUUUAUCAUUACUGGUUAAUUUUGGCUUCUUUGUCUUGAUUGUCUGCAUGAAGGGAUUUUUUUGUUGUAGAGAAAAGAACUGAAAUGGUGAGCACUUAAGGCAUUUUGUGCCAGUGAAUAGUAUUGCUGAAAAAAUCUGACAUUUUAUUUAGACAUUAAGGCUAAGACUAAAUCUCCUCCCUGUUCUCUCUUUUAUUAUAAAAUAAUACCCCUUUCUGCCACACUAGUUUUUCCCCCCAUGUGGUCAACUUUUACACACCUAAACUUAGUUUCCCUUUUUUAUUUCAGAAAAAUAAAUAGAAUAAAUAUAAACCUAAUAAGUAGUACCCUUAUUUUUAAAGUGAUAUCACAGAAGCUUUGAGAAAAAACUGUUUAAUUUUCAAAAAGGUUUGUAAUAGCGGCCACAGAGAUUGUAGCCAAAAAGAGUGCACAUCUCUGCAUUAAAAUAGCAGCUUCUCUAUUUAUUUACUAUAUUUUGUUGUUCGUCUCCCCUGUGUUUCUCAUUUUCUUCUUGGAUUUUUAGUGUUUGUUUUUUUUCUUUGGCCAAUGUCAUUUUGAAACCAUUACAAACAUUUUCUCAUUAUGUCCCAUUCUCAAGUGUUACGAUAUAUUGCACUGUAUUGCCAAAGAGCUCAUUGUAAUAAAUGUAUAAAUGUACUGAC